AUGGAGUCGAUCACGCUCGCGGCCGAUGACGAGCACCAAGGCCUCCUCUUGGCUACACCCAUGCCCGACACCACCGAGCUUCCCGCCGCACCAGACGCAGCAGGACCCAGGUUCCAGGGCGACCUCCUCAUCUUCCCCCGUGCGGAAGCGCGCAUCCUGCCGACGACCGCAUCGGACGGCCCUCCGACCCCCUUCAUCCUCAAUCUCUUCGCCGACGCCUCGUUCCCUAUGACCAAGCACCACAGGGGCCCCUCGACGCCGUCGCAGCCGGCCGGCGCCGCCGUACUCUGGAAGCCGUGGCCGGGUUUGGCGGGGCACGACCCGUGGCACUCGCGGGCGUUCCAGGUGCUGGCGUGCCAGGACUUUUGCGAAGCCGAGGUCUUUGCCGUCGUUGCGGCGCUCGAGACGGCGGCGCUGCUGUCGCACCUCAUGCCGGAGCUGAGACAGGUGACGGUAUUCACGGACUGCAAGGACGCCAUCCGGAAACUCAUCGCGGCUGCGGAGAACGCCUCCGACACGCUCGUCAAGCGCGCCGUUGCCGCGUCGCUCGCACUCGACGCCAAGGGGGUCCGGGCCCUCGUGCGAUGGUGCCCCGGCCACGUCGGCAUCGAGGGGAACAGCAAGGCCGACGAGCUGGCGAAGGAGGCCCGCUACUACAACUUCAGGCACCUGGUGCCCCGGCAGCAACCGGCGUCGGUGUGCGGGUACGAGAUUCCGGGAGAGUACCUGGAGAGGGCGCGACGCGGCGACUGGUGGGAGGACGGAGCCAGCCAGCCGCCUCGGACAGACAAGAAGCAAGUGAGCAUUUGGAGGGAUUGCGAGCAAGUGGAAGCGCCCCAAGACGACGGCAUUGUGACACCCCAGCCAGCAACACGGGAGGUCCCACCCCGGAAGAGACAGCGUACAGACGAGGGGCCCGGACCAAGCGGCCGCCAUGCGCUGCUGCCAAAGGGCACCGGCAUGGGUGUCUCUGUGGCCGGGGAUCAGGACGGCAUCGUCGCGGGGUUCAUCGCCAGAUCGCGAGAGACCCCGCCACCAACGGCGGCUGUAAACGGGGCCGUAGAACGUUCGGAAGUCGCCGACACAUCCACGCAGCAGAUCGGAGCCUCUCCAAACGUGUCUGAUAGCGAGGAGGAAGAUGGGAACGACACGCGUAGCCUAACCCUGGGACGAAGCCCGGAGGCAGGCGAUGAAGCCAGUCUUGAAUAG